AUGGCAUCCUCGACCCUCUCUCCUACAACCACAACCACUGCCUCCGCCGCGUUUCUCGCUCCCCUUCCUCAAGUUCGUCAAUUCCACCGACAGUUGACUACCUCUCUCGACGAAAAAAAUGCGCGUCUUCGCACUCUCGUUGGCGGUUCUUACCGGCAACUACUCGGGACCGCCGAAAUGAUAUUGGAAAUGCGGGAGAACAUUGAUGUAGUGGAAGAGAAAUUGGGGAAAGUAGGAAAGGGAUGUGGAAGGACUGUGAUAGGGGAUAUGGCGAGAGGAUUAGCGACAUUAGAGGGUGAAAGGGAAAGAGCGGGUUUGGAGUGGGCGAGUAGAGUUAAGACGCUGGGAGCCACAGCGUUGGUUAUCGGGAGACUGUUGAAGAAGGGUGGUGGUGAGGAUAGGGUUGUAAGGGCUAAAAAUCUCUUGACUGCGGCAAAGGUGCUAGUCUUAAGCAGGUUGUUGCUCAAAAGUGUUGGAGAUUUGGCAGCUACCCGAUCGAAGGGUGAUAGGGAGGUAGUGGAGGAAAUGAGACGGAAGCUGGCUGGAUCGAAGAGGAGACUGGGGAGAGCGAUUAACAAGACACUGGAGAAGACGGAUGGGGAUCAAAACAGGGAAGACUUGGUGCUGGCACUUUCGGCGUACAGUCUUGCAACUAGUUCGGGCGCGAAAGAUGUGCUGCAGCAUUUUUUAAGAAGGAUUAGAGGCACAGCACUGGCAUUAGCUUUUGAUGAUGAGGAUGAGCAUGUUGAGAGACACGUUCCCGGCGUCAUCAAAGCUCUUGAAUUAUACACCAGAACUUUGUUAGAUGUUCAGGCUUUGGUUCCUAGACGACUUUCGGAAGCACUAGCAGGACUCAAGUCGAAGCCUCUCUUGAAAGAUCCUGCGCUUCGAGAUGUUGAAGGUCUACGACUGGAUGUGUGCGAAAAGUGGUUUGGUGAGGAGAUUCUCUUCUUUACCCCGUACAUCAGACAUGACGAUCUCGAAGUUUCGUUAGCAGUCGAGACACUUCACAAAUGGGCAAAGGGAGCCUCCGAAGUGCUCCUCUCCGGCUUCACCGAGUCUCUCUCAAAAUCCAACGAAUUCAAACAUGUUGUCGACUUACGAACUCGCAUCCUUCAAAUCUGGAUCAAGGACGGUGGGAGAGCACGAGGUUUUGAUCCGUCUAUUCUCCUCGACGGACUUAGGGAAGCGAUCAACGAUCGACUUAUCUCACUCAUUGAGACCCGGCUGAAAAAGCUUCAUUUAGUAGCCACAGAGGUCUCUGGCACUUUAUCAUCUUGGUCGACGCAGAGACCAGAGACACAUACAUCCCUCUGGGAUUCCUCAAUGCUAGACUUUGAAAUCACAUCAGGCGCAACAUUAUUCAAAGAAUCCAUAAUCGCACGCACUCACGGGCGAAGUGAUGCCGUCUCUCGAGUUUUUAAAGGAUAUCAAACAUGGCGCCAUCUCACCGAUGAGAUUUCUACUAUUAUGGCGCAACUCAAGAAACAGCGGUGGGAUGAUAAUCUUGAGGAUAUCGAGGAUGACGAUGUUCUUGAGUCUAGGAAUACUCUUUUGAGUACUGAGGAUCCAAACAUGUUGCAAGAACACUUGAACGAGUGUCUGACAAAAGCUUACAAAGAUCUUGACGCUAGACUCAAGGAGUUGUUGGAGCUACAUGGUGAUGAUGCCGAAGCUUCUAUAUACAUCCUUCGUAUUAUCCGCGAUCUUAGAUCUGAAUUGCCGAACCACGAAUCUCUUCAUUCUUUUGGCCUUGCGCUUAUACCCACACUCCACGAACGUCUUGCUACAAACGUAACGCUGGGUCCAAUUGAAAGCUUUUCGAAGACAUUGAGAAAGAAGAAGGUAGUAGGAAGGGCGUUGUGGGAGGGAAAGCCUGAGUUGCCGGUUCAGCCCUCACCAGGGACAUUUAAGUUGUUGGAUCAAUUGAUGAAGGCGAUGGUGAGUGUGGGUGGUGAUUUGUGGAGUGCCGUCGCUGUGGGCGUCUUAAAAGAUAAGAUGAGCAGCGACAUUGCUGAGCUAUGGACCGAAGCGUUGCAAGAGGUUGAAGCCAAAGAAGAGCAGACCAACGGCGAGGAUGAGAAGAUUACUGAAUCCCCGCAAUUACUAUCGACAUCUCAACCUUCUUCUCCUACUUCUUCUCCUACCGAUAACGCUCCCCCGCCGUCAAUACCCGUACCACAACCUUCUCCCGCCCAGAGAAAAGAUCUGUUCAUACAAUUCCUCUUUGACAUAUUGCUUCUCCAACUCUCACUUGCUUCUGCACAGGCCAAGGAGAGUAGCUCUGAUAAAUUCGUCAAGUUGGGCGACAAGAUUAAGAAAGAAAUCAGUCUUGAACCUGGUGAAGAGAAAAGGCUAAAAGCCAGUGCGGAGGAGUAUUGGAAGAGGAGUGGGCUGUUGUUUGGGCUGUUAUUAUAA